GUUCAGUUGUCGUUCGUCGCAGGCGCAGCAGAGAGGAACGCACACAGUCCGUGGCCGUCUGUGCGUGCGUGUGUGUCUGUCUGUCUCUCAACAAAAAUGGUCUAAGGACGGGAGGACGGUAAUUUUCUUCUGACUUGCGUAGCCGUAGGAAAAUGGGAAAUUCGACCGGAUUGCACGCACCGGGCGGAGGCUAGCUCUGUCCGAAACGGUGCCCCAUAUUCUGGGUCCCGGCGGGUCGUUGUCGGUGUUCGCGUUCCGGUGGUUGUUCAGUGAAAAAUCCUGCUUUUUCUGAUUUUAUUUCCGUGGUUUUGUCACACUCUGCUGACAGUUGUCGUGUGGUGCGGUGCGGUGGUUGACUCCUGCUGCUGGGGGUGCUGAGUCCUGGCAGCUGGGUGGAAAAUUCGAUCCGGGAGUUGGCGAAAAAACUGCUAGUUUUCUCGUUUGCGUUUGAUUUACGAUAGAUGAUUUAGAGAGCCACCCGGAGCCGAUCCAAAUCUAGUCAUUCGUACAACGACCUAUAGUUAAGCAAUGCCAAAAUAAACCAUAACAAAAAGUGUGAUAUACUCAAAUGACCAUGACAUUUAAUGUUUAAAUGUAAGAGAGAACAAGAAGACAUUAGCAAAUCGAAAAUCUGUCGAUUAACUGAAUCUCAACCCCGGCUUGCCCGUUAAAGUUAAAUACAUAACGUAUAUCGUUUUUCUCCAAAUGCUGCACAUUUUCCGGCCGCAGCUCCUGGAUCAGCGGAAAGCUUUCUUAUUUAUCAACUAGUCAUCGUAAACCGCCAGCAAAAUUCGCUUCCUCGUAUCUACUGUUGUCGUCACUAUCAUCCUCAGCAUCACCAUAGGCAACUGGUGCCCUGGAGGUUCCGUUCUUCCUUCUCCCACUUGUAUAGUCGGUGAGUCGGACCAAACCCCGUAUCGGAGUAGCAUCGGUGGUAGUUGAGCACUAGGUAGGAUCCCGAUUCCAUUCGGGUGAAUCCUGAGACUCAACUGUCGCCAACCGCAUCAGCAAUAGAGGAGCAACAACAACGAGCCCGAUAAAAGCGAAGCUUUUUAUCAACCCCUCUAUAUAUAUUUUUUGACUAAACGGACAAACUGAACGGCCCCAAAAUUACGGACACAACUAUGGAAGACUUGCUCCAGGCUGGCCACGUGGUCAAGGAGCGAUGGAAGGUCCUGAAAAAGAUCGGCGGAGGCGGAUUCGGCGAGAUCUACGAGGGUCAGGAUCUGAUCACGCGGGAACAGGUGGCCCUUAAGGUGGAGUCCGCGCGCCAGCCGAAGCAGGUCUUGAAGAUGGAAGUGGCCGUCCUGAAGAAGCUGCAGGGUAAAGAACACAUCUGCCGCUUCAUCGGGUGCGGCCGGAACGAUCGUUUCAACUACGUGGUCAUGCAGCUGCAGGGCAAAAAUCUGGCCGAACUGCGUCGAUCGCAGGCCCGCGGGGCGUUCUCGCUGAGUACCACCCUGCGGAUCGGGCUCCAGAUACUCAGAUCGAUCGAGUCGAUUCACUCGGUUGGGUUUCUUCAUCGUGAUAUUAAGCCAAGCAACUUUGCCAUUGGAAGGUUACCGUGCAAUAAUCGUAAAAUUUACAUGUUGGAUUUUGGUUUAGCUAGACAGUAUACCACCGGUACCGGUGAGGUUCGAUGUCCUCGGGCAGCCGCCGGUUUCCGGGGCACUGUUAGGUAUGCUUCGCUGAAUGCGCACAAAAAUCGAGAAAUGGGUCGGCAGGACGAUCUGUGGUCGUUGUUCUAUAUGCUUGUUGAGUUUGUUACUGGCCAGCUUCCGUGGCGUAAAAUUAAGGAUAAGGAGCAAGUUGGUUUGUUAAAGGAGAAAUACGAUCAUCGUUUGCUACUCAAGCACUUGCCUUCAGAUUUCAAGUACUUCUUAGAUCACAUUCAAUCGCUUAACUAUGCUGACAAGCCGGACUAUGCCAUGCUAGUGACCCUGUUCGAGCGCUGCAUGAAGCGACGUGGCGUGAAGGAAACCGAUCCAUUCGAUUGGGAAAAGACGGAGGAAAACAACGCCGACCAUGCCGGGGAAGCCAAAGGAUCAAACGCAGCCGUACCAAAGAGUGAACUAAUUAAGAAACAUAAGGAUAUCGAUCUGACGGAGAAACGCAAAGCGAUUCAGGACUCGGUCAAGGUCAUGCACACGGAACCGAUCGAGUCGAUGAAGCCGCAACAUGCCAACAACGCUAGCAACAAUGUCAACGCUAAUGCAAAGCUUCCGAACGCUGCUUCGGUGACCGGUUCCGGUGCCGGAGGCCAACAGCAGAACAACAACAACAACGUCCAGAACGAAAAGUACGGCGUAGAUCCGUUGGACCCACGGCUUCGUCAGGCAUUUAAGGAUGCCCUGAUUGCCAGCCAGGAGGGCACCAAGGUGAAGCCGGAAAUUCCACUGGUCCGGGCCCACACGGACGUGAACAAACCGUCGAAGCACGGCGGCAAUCGGUUACGGAUCCUGACGGCUCCGCCGGUCAACAUAAAAGACUUUGCCUCCUCGAUCGACAGUCUCCAUCAGCAGCACUCGCAGGCAAAUGAGACCACCAAUUUUUCGGAGGCAAAAUCGAAACUAAAGGCCGAAGCGGACGAGGUCAGCUGCACUCCCGGUGAUGGUCAACUGACAAGUGGAAUCGGUGGAACCAACGGGCAGCAAAGUGGUGGCGACGGUGGUCAACCGAACUCGCUCACCCAGCGGCAAUCGUUGCAUUUGGGAGGCAAGAGCCUGAGGUCGUUUGCGACUCAAUCGGCCAAGUAUCGCAGCCUGGCGGACGACAAGAGCUGUCGGGACUUUUCCAUCACCCAGCAUGCCAUCAUCGAUGACGACAACGCUAGUCAGCACCAGACGCCCAAGUAUCAGGGAGCUCUGACAUUGGCCUCGCAGUGGAAGAGCCAGUUUGAUGAUUCGGACGAUUCGACCGAUGGACUGUGGAAGGGCGACCAACAUUCCGAAAACGCAUCAAAGAAGAAUAUCCAGCUAGUAGAGCAGAAGCAGCAAGAUCAGCAAAAGCAGCAACACAAGCAAAACAACAACACAUCGACGAGUGCUAUUGUUAAUAAUGGAACUACUAAUAUUACUACUACCACUACAACUACCACUACAAACAACCCAGCAGUAGCAGCCGCAGCAGCAGUAGCAGACCUUGCAAAUAAUCUCAAUUCUUAAUUUAUUGGUGAAAUUAUAAAAUAAAGAGAGGUAAAAGCGUAUAAAGCAGUAUAGAAUAA